AUGAGAGAAGACGUGACGAAUUGGAAUGAGCCUCCUCCUGAGGAUCCCACCUUUCUAGAAAGAAUUGUAGGGGAUUCCACGGCGGACGAUGUACGCUGCCUGAGGUUUGCGAUGCUUGGUUGCGAACCGAAUGUACCUUACGGCCCCAUCGACCAUACGGCACAACUGUUCAUGGAUCUCUUCUCAAAAGCUGCGUUGGCAACGCGACCCAAAAGUUGCUGGCGUAUUGCAGUUAAAACUUUUGAUGUUCAAAAGUUUCAGUAUCCAAAAGAUCAAGAGGAAUGGGAUUCCUUCGACGGCGUUUGGAUUCCUGGUUCGUUUGCUUCAGCAUACGACAGAAAGGACUGGAUCGACCAAUUGUGUGAAACAAUUCAGCAAGAAAUUGUUUCCCGGGAGAGGAAAACGUUGGGCAUUUGUUUUGGGCACCAAAUUCUGGCUCACUCAUUUCCUGACGGGACAGCCACCCCGGUACCAACGGGUGCCAGAGCUGGACGAUACGUCAUGUCGACCACGCCCGAAGGAUGGAGCAUGUUGGGUGGAAAAGACUCUUUCGAUUUAUACUUUACGCAUGGUGAUAUGGUAGAAAAGCUUCCCUCCAAUGCCGUAUCGUUGGGAGGGAGCGAGGCCAUUCCCAUUCAGGCAGCUGCGUAUUUCCGCAAGAACGAGCAGUCAUCGCUUGAAACUUUAGCGCCCGCCAGUCCAUAUGCCAUUUCGUUUCAGGCACACCCAGAGUUUUCUACCUCGAAAGAUCUGGGAGUUUAUCGCACGUUGGAACUAAUCAUGGACGCCAUGCAGCAGCGGGGUUCUUUGACUAUGGACGAGAGACUAGCAGCAGGAGAAGAUGCUCACAAAUCCUAUCAGGCAGUGCAAGAAGACAACGUGCAAAUCAUGGUAUCGGUGGGGAAGUUGCUUGGAUGGCUACCACCGGAUGAAUCCUGA